GAUAUUUAUGGGAUUUUUGUGCUCGCCAGGACAACGGUGACCGAGGAGUACCGGGUUCCUGACGGGAUGGUCGGCCUCAUCAUCGGCCGGGGGGGAGAACAGAUCAACAAGAUCCAGCAGGACUCGGGGUGCAAAGUUCAGAUCUCCCCAGAUAGCGGCGGGUUACCCGAGCGCAGCGUGUCCCUGACGGGCUCGCCGGAAUCCGUGCAGAAGGCCAAGGCCCUGCUGGACGACAUCGUGUCCCGAGGCCGGGGGGGACCCCCGGGACCCUUCCCCGACGCCGCCAACGGGCAGAACGGGACGGUGCAGGAGCUGAUGAUCCCCGCGGGCAAGGCGGGGCUGGUCAUCGGCAAGGGCGGGGAGACCAUCAAACAGCUCCAGGAACGAGCAGGGGUAAAAAUGAUCCUGAUCCAAGACGGUUCCCAAAACACCAACGUGGACAAACCCCUGCGGAUCAUCGGCGAGCCCUACAAAGUGCAGCAAGCCUGUGAGAUGGUGCUGGACAUCCUGAGGGAGCGGGACCAGGGAGGAUUCGGAGACCGCUCGGAUUACGGCGCCCGCCUGGGCGGGGGGAUCGACGUGCCGGUGCCGCGUCACUCGGUCGGGGUCGUGAUCGGGCGCAGCGGGGAAAUGAUCAAAAAGAUCCAGAACGACGCCGGCGUGCGCAUCCAGUUCAAGCAGGACGACGGCACGGGGCCGGAGAAGAUCGCGCACAUCAUGGGACCCCCGGAGCGCUGCGAGCACGCGGCGCGCAUCAUCAACGAGCUGCUGCAGAGC